AUGGCUUCGCCGAAAGUGGGAAGAGGGACAACGAAUGGGAUCUUAGUGGAGAAGAAUUCUUCCCAGCUAAUGUGGCACAUCGCGGUUAUGAUUACUGCUUUUUUCCGUUCGGAAAGGAAAAGCGACGCUGACGUGAACCGAUACCAAGCGUUGAAAGUCCUCCGGGCAGAACCAGUGUUGUACGAUGUAUUAUACAAAGAAGUGGAAAUCCUGAAGAGAGUGCGAGACGCUGAUCCUACACAUCCCGGCUACGAACACGUAGUACACCUCAUCAACGAUUUUCACGUCAAUAGCGUAUUUGGCACGCAUAUCGCCAUGCUUUUCCCGGUCUUCGGCCAGACGCUGCAGCCAUCCUGGACAUCUAUGCUACCCGUCCGUACACUGCGGGAGGUGAUGAAACAACUGCUCCUCGCAUUGGAUUACCUCCACUCGAAAUGUGGAGUGAUCCACACCGACAUCAAGGGCUCGAACAUCAUGUUGCAAAUUCAAGAUACACAUGCUAUUAAUAAGCAGAUCGCAUGUGAACCGGCGAGAGCGCUGGCCAACGUCUUUUUGAAGAAUGAGAUUAGGCAAGUUGUUGAAAUCCCAAUCAGCCAAUCUCAGCCGAUUUCAGUGCCUAUCUUUGGGCGGAAGCUGAAGAUCUGUCUCGCAGACUUCGGGACAGCAGAGUGGGCAAGCAGUACCCAUCAAACCGUCAUUCUCGGCAAACUCCUCCGGCCCCCAGAAGUGGUCUUGAACGGGUGUUGGGAUUGCACGGUGGACAUUUGGGCCACCGGAUGCUUUAUCGUGGAGAUGCUUGACGGUUCUCCGCUUUUCCAGUGGAAAGUCACAAAGAAUAUUAUCGGAGAGCAGCACUAUCUCUCCACGGUGACUAAACAAGUUGGGCCUGUCCCUCUUGAACUCCAGAGUCGGUGCACCAGGUGGAGAGAAUUCUUUAAUGAUAAAGUUCUCCUACGUCGCCCGACAACGAAGGUACCGAGUAUAAGAGAGCGUUUGGUGGCGCGGCAUUCGGAGAUGUCGCCCCUAGCAGCAGACAGCCUGACUGCUCUGGUGCUCCAAAUGAUGCGACCCAAUCCCGCCCACCGUUGCUCAGCGGCGGAAGCAUUGCGUCACGAAUGGUUCGAUUUGGAUCUGGAAGAAGGGGCUCGGGAAAUUUCAGUGGGUAUAGAUGAGUUGUAA